AACGCCGCUCCGUCUCCUCCUCCUCUCUCUGACCUCCUCCCUCCUGAAAACAGCACCUCCUCCUCUCCUCCUCCGCUCAUCACUGUGCGUAAAGCGCUCCAGUCCGCGUCCGGAGCUCAGGACGGAGACGCAGAGCAGACAGAAGGCGGACGAUGCCGAACCCAACGCGGUCCGUCGGUUCCUGCGCGCGGGACGUAGAUUCCAGCGUUAAUCCGCCGAACGCGUGUACGAGCGUUUUGCUGUGAAUCCAAGAGGCGACGGAGCGAAUGUCAGCGCGCAUCUGCGCUGGAACCGAGCCGCUCAGGUUCUAGGGGUUCACACCGAACCGGACCGAGGCUCGCUGGGAUCCACGGGAUGGGGAUUUAAACUCGCAACCGCUUUGUGUCGCUUCACUCCACGAACGAAGACCAACGAACUGUCUCCGCGCGAGGACAGAGGAGCUCAGGCGGAGCCGGACCCCCUGGUACCGGAGCCGGACCCCCUGGUACCGGAGCCGGACCCCCUGGUACCGGAGCCGGAGACGAGCAGAGGCAGCCACUGAAAUGGCCUGAAUGUGACUCUGAUGACUGGACAUGGAGCCCGUCAGCGCAGAGAACGUGACCCGGGCUGAGCCCAGCGCUGGUCCCACCCCCCCGGCUCUGCCCACGCUGAUGGGAGUCAACUUCCCCGAGGACCCCAUCAAGCUGCUCAGCGUGCAGGUGGUGUUGAUUCUCGCCUACAGCACCAUCAUUGGACUGGGGGUUCUGGGUAACGCUCUGGUCAUCUACGUCAUCUACAGGUUCAAGACGCUGCGCACCGUGACCAACUUCUUCAUCGCCAACCUGGCUGUUGCCGACCUGCUGGUCAACACGCUGUGCCUCCCCUUCACGCUGGUCUACACGCUGCAGGGCGAGUGGACGUUCGGCAGCACGCUGUGCUUCCUGCUGCCCUACGCCCAGGGCCUCGCUGUGCACGUCUCCACGGUGACGCUCAACGUCAUCGCGCUGGACCGACACCGGUGCAUCGUGUACCACCUGGAGACCAGGAUGCGAAAGGACGUGUGCUUUGGCGUCAUAGCAGUGACGUGGGUUCUGAGCGCCGUCCUGGCAAGUCCUCUGGCCAUCUUCAGAGAGUACGGCUCCUUCACCCUGCAGCCCGGACACACGAUACAGGUCUGCACAGAGAAGUGGCCUGGUAAAAGCACCGACGGCACCGUCUACAGCAUCUCCAUGUUGAUCCUGCAGUACUUCCUGCCGCUCUCCAUCAUCUCCUUCGCCUACGCGCGCAUCUGGUCCAAGCUGCGCGGCCACGUCAGCCCCGCGGACGGCGCCGGCGCCGGCUCCGAGCGCCACCGCCGGCGCCGCAACACCACCAAGAUGCUGGUGACCAUGGUGGUGGUGUUCGCCGUGAGCUGGCUGCCCUUCCACGCCUUCCAGCUGGCCACCGACAUCGACAGCUCGGUGCUGGACAUGCGCCACUUCCGCCUCCUCUACACCGUCUUCCACGUGGGCGCCAUGUGCUCCACCUUCGCCAACCCGCUGCUCUACGGCUGGAUGAACCGCAACUACCGCGCCGCCUUCCUCGCCGUCUUCAGGUGCCGCGAGGCCGGGGAGCGGGGGAGGGGCCGGCUGGACAGCGUCCACCCGGCCGGGGGAGGGGGAGGGGGAGGAGGGGGGAGGGGCAAGAAGACUGUGCUGGAAACACAGGACGCGGCGGCAACGCGCCUCAACGCCACCGACGUCUGAGAGUGAGGGAGGUGGAGACGAGGAGGAGGUGGAGACGUGGAGGAG